AUGCCAAUAAAACAGACGUCAGUUUUUCUGUUGAUUCAGCUGAUAUGCUACUUUAGACUUGGAACUUGUGGAAAAGUGCUGGUAUGGCCCACGGAAUACAGCCAUUGGAUCAAUAUAAAGAUGAUUCUGGAUGAACUUUUGCAGAGAGGUCAUGAAGUGACUGUUCUGACUUCUUCAGCCUCUGUUCUUAUUGAGCCUAGCAAUGAAUCUUCUAUUAAUUUUGAGAUUUACUCUGUACCUUUGGGUAAAGAUGAGCUUCAAUAUAUCUUCCAAAAAUGGGUAACUGAAUGGACAUAUGACUUUCAAAAGUACUCACUUUGGACAUACUAUUCAAAAAUGCAAAAAGUCUUUAGUGAAUAUUCUGAUAUUAUUGAAAGUUUUUGCAAAACUGUAGUUUUGAACAAGAGUCUUAUGAAAAAACUAAAAGGAUCUAGGUUUGAUGUCGUUCUUGCAGAUGCUAUUGGUCCUUGUGGUGAGCUGCUGGCUGAACUGCUAAAGAUACCUUUAGUGUACAGUCUCCGCUUCUUUCCUGGAUACACAUAUGAAAAGUACAGUGGGGGGCUUCCACUCCCUCCUUCCUAUGUCCCCGUGGUUCUCUCAGAAUUAACCGACCACAUGACAUUUGUGGAAAGGGUGAAGAAUAUGUUGCAAGUUCUGUAUUUUGACUUUUGGUUUCAAGUAUUUAAUGUGAAGUCCUGGAAUCAGUUUUACAGUGAUGUUCUAGGGAGACCCACAACAGUAUAUGAGAUGAUGGGGAAAGCAGAUAUAUGGCUCCUUCGAACCUACUGGGACUUGGAAUUUCCCCAUCCAUUCCUACCUAACUUUGACUUUGUUGGAGGACUCCACUGUAAACCAGCUAAAUCAUUGCCUAAGGAAAUAGAAGAAUUUGUUCAGAGCUCUGGAGAACAUGGUAUCGUGGUGUUUUCACUGGGAUCAAUGAUUAAGAACCUGACAGAUGAAAAGGCCAAUAUAGUUGCAUCUGCUCUUGCCCAGAUUCCACAAAAGGUUGUGUGGAGAUUUGAUGGUAAGAAACCAAACACCUUAGGAUCCAAUACUCGGCUUUACAAGUGGAUCCCCCAGAACGACCUUCUUGGCCAUCCAAAAACCAAAGCGUUUAUAGCUCAUGGUGGAACCAACGGCAUCUAUGAGGCAAUCUAUCAUGGCAUUCCUAUUGUUGGUAUUCCAUUGUUUGCGGACCAAGCUGAUAAUAUUCAUCACAUGGUAGCCAAGGGAACAGCUGUUAGAGUGGACUUCAAGACACUGUCAACUAAAAACCUUCUCACUGCCUUGAAGACUGUCAUUAAUGACCCUUCCUAUAAAGAGAAUGCCAUGAGAUUAUCAAGAAUCCAUCAUGAUCAACCAAUGAAGCCCCUGGACAGAGCCAUCUUCUGGAUUGAGUUUGUCAUGCGCAACAAAGGAGCCAAGCACCUUCGCCCAGCUCUCCAUGACCUCACUUGGUUCCAGUACCACUCUCUGGAUGUUAUUGGGUUCCUGUUGGUCUGUGUGGCAGCUGUAGUAUUCAUCAUCACAAAAUGUUGCCUCUUUUGUUGCCAUAAGACUGCUAACAUGGGUAAAAAGAAGAAAAAAGAGUAGCUGCAUAGAAGCCUGAAGGGUCCUGAGAGAUGAGUCUCUCACAGUUGCUUCCAGCAAGAGGAGGUGGUGAUGCUAAGUUCUUUCCCACCAAAGCAAGACAGUUUCAGGUCUUCACUAAAGAGUGCUUUGUGUAUUUCAUAUAUGUAAGACAUGGAAGGUUUCGUGUCAAAUAUACACUCGGGACUUAUAAAAACAAAAUCAUAUGUUCAGUUUAUAAAUUUUUUUGUAAAUGAGAUGCUAUCCCCAACAACAUUCACUGAACUUGAUAGUGGUUCACAAAAUUCAAGUGGGCAUAAAAUGUUUGAAAAUACCUCUCUGAAUAUCAGUUACUAUUACAAAUGUCCAGCCUGCUCUGACUGUAUUAAGUGGACUAUUUCCUUUCUCAUUUUCACUACUCAAAAAAAUA